AUGGGAGUAUACUCGACUGGGCUUGCUGCGGGGGGUGGAUUGGGUCAGGGGUCGGGGGGCGGGUCGUGGUAUGGCAUUCGACUCGGGGGAAUCUUGUGGAGCAGGUCGUCAAUUCAGGGCGAGGGUCAAGGUCACCUCAAAUUUCUGGACGAACCCGUCCUCCCAAAUGAAGGACAAACUUACACGGCCGACAUUUACAACACGGAGGAAGCAAGAAGCUACCAAAUCUCUGUCGCCACCGCGACCUUUUCCGCCAUCGCAUUUCUCGCCCUCAUCUGCGGCAUGCUCUUCUGGAUGGCAAAACUCUGUCGAAAAAUCGACACCAAAAAACGUCCAAAUUUCGACACGGUCAAAACACCCGGACUCAUCAUUCCCAUCAGAAAGGAUCGAUACCUGAUCGAAGAAGAUAUCGAAGCCGGUGGGCCCAACUCGGGUUGCUAUGACAACGCUGAGCACAACAAAGACAACCGGAAAGAGGAGGAGAAAGAAGGAGCCGAAAAAUCAACCAACUACAAGACGAAUAUCGUCUUAUCCUCGCCAUACGUGGACAACUGGCAUAACAUUUAAUACUUAAAUCUUAUUGAGUCACGCGAAUGCAAUCAUUGCAAAGACACGCGAUGACAUCAGUAUUUAUUUACGAGGAAGACAAUCACAUCAUUUACAUAAAUAUGACAUAAGCUAAACGCAUGUAAAAUUUGGGGAAAAAUGCAAAUUUAAAAUCAAUCAAGUUUCUAAAUUUAAGAAAAACAUGUGAAUGGAUAACCUUGACGUCACAAACAUAUGAACAAACGCACCUUAAAAUAUAUCAAUAUAUUUUUACAAAAUUUUGACCAGUAAAAAUGUGCCUGUUAUUUAUUCUCAUUUGUUAGUUUAUGCACAUCUUGAGCGUUACAUCUUUCGAGUUAUGCAUGUAAAAGGUAAGCCAAAUUAAUCUUUGUUCAGUAAGUAAAACACUUUUAGAAAUUUGAAAAUUGAAUGUACAUUUUUCAAACAAUAUUCUUUAUUUGCACUAAUCUAUGUAGAUAAUUCUAAGCAAUCAAAUAACGUAAGAAUUUCUCAGUUUACAGAAUAUCCAUUUAUUCACAUUAUGUAAAUAUGUCAUACUGUUUAAAUAAAUAAUCAGAAAAUUUAGGCAUGCGUA